CUGCAUUCAAAAACAAAGCAGCAACUGAAAUACUGCAAGUCACAUCUGAGAAUUCAUGCAACGCCUCAAAAUUAACAAAAACAAGACCUGAAAUUGCUGAGAGUCGUGGGGACAGAGUCAGUCGCUGUCUAUCUCUGUCUGCGUGCGUUUGUUUCCAAGUUCCCGUGGCUGUGCCUACGUUCAAAAACGCAAAUAAGAAAUCGUAAAUCACAGACAAAUACAAACAAAGAAUUUUACACAGACACAGGCGCUGACAGGGCUAGAGAGGCAGCGAGAUUGAGAAUAGAGAAUCGCUUUUGACCGUCCGCAACUCAUCAACAAAUCUCACAUCAAACGUUUUUGUAAGUUAGAACAGCAGCAGCAGCAAAAUCAGCAACAACAACAACACAAAAAUGGCAACAACACCACGCAGCGGGGGGUCCGGCUCCGGAGCCGCACAACGUCCCAAUGGAACCUCGCAGAAUAAAAGCUGCCAAUUCAAAUUGGUGCUACUCGGUGAAUCGGCAGUGGGCAAAUCGUCAUUGGUGCUGCGCUUUGUCAAGGGCCAGUUCCAUGAAUAUCAAGAGAGCACGAUAGGUGCGGCUUUUCUCACACAAACCAUAUGCAUAGAGGAUACUGUGGUGAAGUUUGAGAUCUGGGAUACAGCCGGCCAGGAGCGGUAUCACAGCUUAGCUCCUAUGUAUUAUAGAGGUGCGCAGGCCGCCAUCGUUGUCUAUGACAUACAGAAUCAGGAUAGUUUUCAGCGUGCAAAAACCUGGGUCAAGGAACUGCAUAAACAAGCCUCACCGAACAUUGUCAUUGCGUUGGCUGGCAACAAGGCGGAUUUGUCGAACAUUCGUGUUGUGGAGUUCGAUGAGGCGAAGCAAUAUGCUGAGGAGAAUGGCUUGUUGUUCAUGGAAACCUCUGCGAAGACGGGCAUGAAUGUCAAUGAUAUUUUCUUGGCAAUUGCCAAGAAAUUACCGAAGAACGACAACAAUCAAGGAUCUGUUAUAAAGCCAAAUGGAAACGAACCAACUCAAACGACGAACAACUGCUGCAAGUGAUGUCCCUUUGUAG